UGUUUGACCUUCAUCACGAGACAAGCACUCAACAUUUUCAUAACAGUUGACUGACAGAAGAGUCAUUUGGAGGUAUUGACUAUUUGACUGCAAGAAUGAGCUUCUUGCAAACGGCCUGUGUGUUUUUACUGAUGCUGAGCUGUUCACCGUGUGUGGACAUUGCAGUGAGAGGAACUGAGGGAGAACAAGUGACUAUUGAGUGUCCUUAUGCUAAGGGAUAUGAAAAAGCUUACAAAUGCUUUUACAAAGGAAAUUACAAAGAUUAUGUCAUUAUACUACAAUCUAACGGAGGAGAGACCUCAGUCGAUGGCAGAUUCUCACUGCGGGACGAUCGCAAGAUAAGAUCAUUGAUAGUGACCAUCGGAAACUUGAGGAUGGAAGAUGCUGGAUCGUACAUCUGUCGAGCUGGAUGGGGAUACCAUAAACAAAUCCAUCUAAAUGUGAUCAGAGCUCCAGAGAGGCCAAGACCUGUUCAGAUCUUUACCUCCACCAUUCAUCCAGAUCAAACAACAAACUCAUUAUCAAACACACCACCCUAUUUGAGCACAUCAGACUCAUUAUCAAACCCACAACCCAGCAUCAACACAAUCACAGAUCAUCACAUCUCCUCAACAGGUCAGAUCAUCUUCUGCCUUUCCUCCAUCAUUAACUUCACUUUCAUAUACUUUAUGUACAGAUGAUGUCCAUUGAUUUCUUCAGUGAUUUUGCCUUCAGUUUAAUAGGGUAUGGGUUUGGCUGCCGCUCCACUCUCAGAUUGUUUGUUUUGUUUGCUUGCUUUAUUUAUAAUGUUCAGUACUAUUUCAUUAUUUGUGUUGUUUUAUGUUUUUGUGCUGUGAUAUGGUGAUAUUUAUUAAUGUAUGCUGAACUUUUGAAUUUAUUGGAUACUUUAUGUCUGGUUGGGGUUGCUACGGAUGGAUGGAUGGAUGGAUGGACUUUAUAGAACCACCAGCUUCUAUCCUUAUAGAAGAAGAACUAUUAUGUGUCUGUUUAAAGACAGUUGUUGUGGUAAUGCUGGUUUACUGCAGCCCAAGCGGCUCAUUCAUCAGGAGGCAGUUAUGUCCCAGUUUCCACUUUAAAAAACACAAUCAUUCUAGCCACCAAUUAAAUAAAAAAUUAUUUGUAUCUCAGUAAUAAAUAAAAAAAUACAUGAUUAAACAACAUAAAUAAAAAGUGCAAAUAUUAAAUAAAGUCUGAUAAUGAAAAAAGGAGAAAGAAUUUAAAUGCUGAGUAAUAUGUCAUGCAGAAUUUCCAAAUAAUAUCAAAAUAACUUUUUGAAUUUUUUUUCCUCAUAUAUAACCUGUUGUAUCAACAAUGUGUCUGCAAAUUCCUAUAGUUAUAACUCACCCAGUUUCUGGAUGUAACAUAAGGAGACACAGAAGGCGGAGGAUCCACAUGCAGCAGGUUUAUUAACAAAGAUUAAUUUGAAAAACACAAGAACCAGAAACCAGGGACCACAAACAUGGGGUAAAUCCAAACACACUCAACGACUAACAAACAAAGACUUAAACGCCAGAGUAUUUAUACACUGGCUGCGUCCGAAAGCUCUAAAAUGCAGCAUUCCAAGGCAGGAAGGCACCAAGGCACGUCUGAAUUCUAAUUCUGCUUCACUUCCUGUCUCCGGAGGUUCCUUCUUCUGAUGGACUUUUGAAGGCAUCAUAGAUGUAUCCUUCCCUGCCUUCGAUUUCCCACAAUCCUGUGCGUGUGCAUCAUAUAGGCUAUAUAAAUAAAGAUAUUCUGGUGAAAUUAGACUUGUUACUUUAUAUAAUAGAUGAGAUCUUGACCAUGACAUACUUUAUGAAUCGUAAUAGUGUAAAAAGCAUAAUAAAUAAUAUUGUUUGUAAUAAUAGUAUUUAAUAAAAUGUUAAAAGGGUUCAAAUGGGUAGUGAAUAGGAAUAAUGUUUACAAUAUACUACCAAUAAUAACGAAACAGCCACUAAUAACAAUGACCUGUUCUGCAAUAUUACUUGCAUCAGUGCUUUUUUUUUUUUUUUUAAGCAAAAAGUAACUGCCAGUCGUCUUCUCCAACGCACAGACCUUCAGUGGGUAAUGACAUUGAGGUAAUGACAUUUAUAUAUAACUGCAUAAGAUCGUUUUUCUACAAAAUCUACAAUUUAACCAUUAGGUAACCUAGCAACGGCGUCACGUUCUACUGCCUCUGAAGUCUGUCCGAAAAUGUUUCUAGAGUUGCCUUCACAGCCUUCGAAGUCACUGCCUGAUAAGGCAGCAAGGCAGCAAGUCAGCAAGGCAGCAAGUCAGCUGACUAGGUUUUUGGAUGCAGCCACUGUGUGGAGCCAAAGAACUAAUGAGUAACUAUGGAAACUAACAAGGGAAUGGGUGUGGUCAAAUUAGUAUCCAACAAGGGUGCAGAGCAGCAGGGCAACAACAAAGACACGAAACUACGUAAUAAAAGGCCUCGAACACAGUUAGGCAUUGUGACACAGAACAGGACUGGCUGAUGUUUAAUUACAAAAUAAAAGCCCUUCUAAAUCUCAAUCCCUUGAGUAUAUAAUUAUACUAUUUAACCAGUGUAGGGUAAGUUACUCUGAAAAUGUAAUUAAAUUACUGAUUACAGAUUAUUCCUUUUAAAAGUAAUCAAUUUACAGUUCUGAUUACUUUAUUUAAAAAAUAAAUUAGUUACAUUACUAGUUAGAUUACUUUUUUUCUGUACAU